UUCACAUCUGCUGGAUAUUAGGAAGUAAAAGAGCUUUGCUACAAACUCUCCACCACCAUCAGUAAGGCAGUAUAAUCUGUGGACUCACCAUGGGCACUGUACUAUCACUGUCUCCCGGUUCUCGGAAGUCAGGCUACUAUGACAACCGGGCGGGCUCGCUCAGCCACUACCCGAGCAUCAGCAGCCGCUCCCUCAACAGCCAGAAAGACCGUGGGCUGAAGAGGGGGCAAUCCAUUUUCCUCCCGGUGCUGACAUGGAAACGACUAGUGGCUUCAACCAAGAAGAAGGGAAACUCCAAGAAAGGCUCUGGUGGCCAAAUGGCCCUUGGGGACCCUCUCAACAACAACAACAUUAACAUCUACCAAAAGGACCCCUUGUUGCACCUCAACCGCGAAAAUGUGAAGAAGUCAUUGUCAUGUGCCAACCUGUCCAGCUACGAGGGCCCAGCAGGUCUGGGUCUGGGGCUUGGCUACGGCAUGGGGUUGGGCCAGGGCCACGGAUACGGCUACAGCAAGUCACAACUGCUCUCCUCUGUAAAAAAAGUUCCCCAAGGGACGGUGACGUCGUCCCCAAAACGCGUCAUUGUCCAGGCUUCCACCAGCGAGCUGCUGCGCUGCCUGGGGGAAUUCCUGUGCUGUCGCUGCUACCGGCUGAAGCAUCUGUCUCCGGCCGACCCAGUGCUGUGGCUGCGGGCCGUAGACCGCUCGCUGCUGCUGCAGGGCUGGCAGGACCAGGCCUUUGUCACGCCCGCCAACGUGGUCUUUGUCUACAUGCUGUGCCGAGACGUGGUGGACGGCGACGUUGUGUCGUCAGAACAUGAGCUGCAGGCAAUCCUGCUCACCUGCCUCUACCUGUCCUACUCCUACAUGGGCAACGAGAUCUCGUACCCGCUCAAGCCCUUCUUGGUGGAGGCGGGUAAGGAGGCCUUCUGGGAUCGUUGCCUCGCCAUCAUCAAUGCAACCAGCGGCAAGAUGCUGCGCAUCAACGCGGACCCGCACUACUUCACACAAGUAUUUGCUGAACUCAAGAGUGAAGGUGGCUGUGGCCCUCAGGACUAUAGUCGGUUGCUGGAUCGGUGAGAAGACGUUUGCUGACCACAUGCCUUUUUGUACACAUGCACAUGUAUACUUGCACACUGACAAAUUCAUUUGUCUCAUCGGAUUACUUUUGUUAUUCUUUUGGAGGAAUGGCGGCCUAUCUGUAGACAAAUGUAAUGAUUCUAUCUCUGUUCUCCCGUUCAUCUACAACAAAUAGGAAUUCAAACAUUUCUCCCCAAGUUAAUUGGCAUAACAGAAGCUCACAGUUUUCUUUUUCUUGUCCUGGAAUAUCGUGAUUGAAGAACCAUUUGGCCCAUACAGGUCCCGUACAUGUUCCCAGCUGCUCCUCUGGCUCUGCACAACCAGGCCUCCUAGCAUCCUCUCUGAACUUCUCUAAAUGUGAUCAAUCAGUGCUGAGGACAAGAACAUGCCAUCAUCCGUCCAACAAUACCAUCGAAGAUUCUUCAACGGUUUCAUUCUAAAUGUCAAAGCGGAUUCACAGAAGAAUAAAACAGACAAUAUAAUCCUCCAAGGCCAAGUUACAUUUUCCAGGGCAACAAGAGGAGACAUGUUGACAUCCGCUGCUGGCUAAGCCCCAUGUGGCAGCAGUGAGAAGUGAGUCAGAGUGACGGGGACAGCUGAGAGGUCCAUGUUGGGUCCUGCUGUGCGCUGUGUGAUCAGUAAAGCAGAGCAGAGUUUUGUGGAGCCUUUUGAGGGGUGUCUGAC